CGCUAAAGCAGACAGGCUAGCAGCAGACCAUUUUUCAUCUGAAGGGCUCUCCCUUUAUCCACAACCACAGACUGCUACAACACAGACAAAAGGGUCUUGAGUUUUACUUCUUUAACGAAUAUCAGACAUGGAUGGUUUCCAAACAAUCCUGAAAUUCUUUGUGAAGCAGAAAACUGCUAUUGGUUACAGCUUUAUGGCUCUGCUGACAGUGGGAGGUGAACGUGUAUUUUCUCUUGUUGCUUUCAGAUGUCCCUGCAGUGAUGAAAACUUCAGGUAUGGUUUGGUAUUUCUCUUCGCCCCAGCUUUUGUUUUGCUAGUUAUUGGAUAUUUCUUGAAUAGCAAGACAUGGAAACUCUUUACGGGUUGCUGGGUGAAUCCCAGAAAAAUAUUCCCAAAAGGGAAUAUUUGCCAUUUCUUUUAUGUCUUUGGAUAUAUCACUUUAAAUGCUCUGGUAGCCCCGGUAAUGUGGCUCUCUGUGGCUUUGCUCAACGGGACUUUCUACGAAUGUGCCAUGAGUGGCUUGAAAAAUCCUGCCUACUUACAUGCAGUUUGUCACAACAAAUCUGUCAAGUGCUUUGAAGAGCUACACAGGGUAGCCUGUGGCAAAAGCACCUUGUCCUUUCCAGAGAGUGAGGAACUCAAACUAACUCUUCAAGCACAGUCUCAGAUUUUAGGCUGGUGUGUGAUAGUUACCACUGCUAUUCUGUCCCUGCUAACUACAUGCUGUGCCAGCUGCCAGUCAAAAGUCAGCCACCUCCAGCUGAAGUUCUGGAGGACAUACAUGGAGAAAGAGAAGGAGCAAAUGGAGCAGAUUUUCCAGCUGUACGCCACCAAGCUGAGUGAACGAAACCUGAAGAGCUUUUUUGAGAACACGGAACCAGAAGCUGUUCCCCUGCCAGCUUUUCAGGCGUGGGAAGAUGCUUCCCAGCUCUACUCUUUCAAUAGCAGUGAACAACAUUAUAGCACAAUUCAUAGGUUAGUUGAGCAAGGCCAGAAGGAAAUCAGUGAGGAAAGAGAGACAGUGCUGGACUUUGUAGACAGAAAGGAAACACCAUAAACCACAUCAAUUUUCAGCUUUUUUAUAAUAUCCUGCUAAUGUAGCUUAUUUCUAGAUGUUUUAGUCUCUCUGGUUCACAAUAGUCUUUUUUCUUGUUCACUGCAAUUACACAUUUGCUCCAAAAAGUAGUCAUGAAGGUAUUUUUCUGCAUCAGUGAGAACAGGCUAGUCCUCAAUGCCAUCAAAAGCUCAUGUUCUGUGAGCACUGGCUCUGUAUCAGGAACUGAUCCAAACAGGACAGCAAUGAUAGUAAAAAGGGCUGAACAGUGACUUCUGAGAGACGGAUUUAACAACUUCCUAUGUAAAACAGAUAGCGUGCCUGUUCCAUGUAAAUCAAGAGAGUAUCAUAAAGUAAUAUCAUUUUAAAAUGCAUGUAUAUAAUAACAGAUGUGUGGCUUUUUGACAGUCCACAGGAAGUAAAAGUUUUGCUUUCAAGUCAUUUCUUAUCGCAUAGCGUUGAGUACUGCAGUCACUCAAGGUAACCGUGUGCCUUUGGUCUCCUGUUGCACCUAUAACGCCACGGAUGGUCACAUCAAUCAGCCCUGGCUUUCUAGUCCCUGACAUGUUCACACACAAUAGUUACCUCAAUUGACAGUCAGGUGCCAUGUAAUUUCUUGGAGUGGGCAAAUCUUACAGUCUUAUAGGGUAUAAAGAACUUGAGAUUCCCAAAUGGUUUAACAUUUCCACGAUUUUGAAAAAAAAAAAAAAAAAAAAAAGUCAUUUUAAAACAUAAUUAGAGUAGUUGUUAAUGCUUUGUUGCAAAAAGCGAAAAUGUAUCGCUAAUAUUUUGCCUCCACAGACUAGUUAGUACUGGCUUAUUCCCAGCUUUUCAGUGGGAGAAAGUAUAAAGCUCUCAUUUUUGGUGGAUUUUGGACAUUGGGUGCAGCCUGUAGAACUGCAGAAUACUGUUUGUACUGGGCCUGCAGCCAACAUAAGACAGAGAGGCUGGAAGGAAAUUCCACAUUUUAAAACAACAAAAAAAAUUUUUUUUCAGCAGGCUGAUUUUAUUUUUCUUAAUAUCUUUGGAAAGUUAGAAUGUGGCAAGAGGAAUUAAUAGGCAAGGCAUGUGAGAGGUCUGCAGAAUCAGAAUUUCUGAUAAAUAUAUUUUAUCCCUGAGCUUUGUUUUACCUCAUGCACUUGGAAUGUGGAUCUCACAUGGUGUGUCCAGAAACAUUGUAUAAAUGGAAGAUGAAGUUUCUGCCAAGCUUCUUUCCCAGGGGUGACUGGCAGGCUUUUAUGCAGCAUUUUACCUCUUGUCUCUCUGAGUCUGGAAAGAAUCACUUUUCUGCACAUCUCAAAUCAGAUCCUUAUCAAUGAAUUAAUGUAAUCUAUGCAGCUGUUCUGUUUUCAUGGCUCAUACUCACUGUGCUCAGUGGAAGGAAAAAUUUGCCUUCAUUUGCAGUCCAUUUACUCAUUUUCUUUUAAUAAAAUACAAGAACUAAUUCCA